AUGAGAUCACAAGGAUUAAUCUCUGCAGUUGUUGACGCCCUGGAGCUUCUAUUUAACAUCUUGAUGGUUUGUGGUGUUUGCAUUUGCUGGAAUCAAGUUGACUCUAAUUACACAAGUACAGCAGGGUCUAAAACGCUUCCUAAUUUCAUUGACACCCAUCAUGCAGUAUAUGAGUACGUCAGCAAACCACAUGGCUACACACAAGCUGAAAAAUACUGCGAGUACAAAUUUUCAACUCUACUUUCUGAAGUGAAAGAAGUCCAGGACUUACCUGAAAAUGUAGUUCAGUUCCCUAUUUGGCUGAAGAAAGAGAAAAAGUCAGAGAUGCGACCACUCACUGCUCUGGUUUUCGAGCACAGAACAGACACCAAAUAUGCCAAGUUGAUGACAAAGCUCCCAACCUUUCAUAAAAUUACGGUUUGUGCCCAUAUUCAAUGGGGCAGCACCAGUAAGGAUCCUGAAACUGUCUUUUCGUAUGCAGUGGAGAAUUUCACCAAUGAGUUUCAGCUGCGAGGAAUGAACGAUGCUGGGUUUGUCAAGUUUGCCGUCAUAAUUCAUGGGCAUCAUUCAGGAUAUUCUUCUAUGUUCUCUAAUGAUGGACAGUGGCAUCACAUCUGCAUAACUUGGCAAAAAUGGAAUGAAACCAUAAAUCUAUAUGCUGAUGGUGAAUCGAGAACCUCCUUCAGGAUCCCUGCAUCCGAAGAUAUCAUCAUGGGGGGCAUCUUUAUCAUUGGACAAGACCAGGAUUCUUAUGGUGGGACUUUCAAAGAAAAGGAAUCAUUCAGCGGGAAUAUUACUGGUCUUAAUGUGUGGGCAAAAGUUCUUAGUAAAGAGCAGAUACAAAAGCUGUCACUAUGCAGUAAAGUAGAACUGGACUUUGUAUUUAAAUGGAGCACCCACCACCUGGAAAUUGAGCCUACAUUAAAGAAAAUGGAGGUGAACUCUGUCUGUUCAGGAGAUUCUUCAAGGUGUCAAAUUCUGCAAAACCGUAAUGGUGAGACCAACUACACAACAUGUUGGGAUGCAUUGCCAUUUGUUUGCUACCACGAAAAGGAGGUCUAUAAUCUCUUUCAAAAGACCAAAUCGAGUCGUGACCAAAGCUUCGCUAGCAGAGUGAAUAUGAUUUCAAACCGCAGCGUGAUAUCUGAAAAUCCUCUUACUAGUGAUGUUACCCAGUUUAGUGCACCUGAGGCUUUGGCGUGCCUUCAGGCUAUCGAAGUGGGUCUGGAAAUGGAAGAAAGUCCUCUGGAUUCAGUGGAUGUUUUGGGCAUCAUCCAGUUUCUGAAGGAAGUAGCUGAUGUUGACAUGCAUGGCAGCAAAAACACAUUAGAAGACCUGAGUCAACAUUUUGUUCACGUAACUGGGGAGCUUCUUGAGCAACAUGACCCAGACAUGUGGUCAGAAGUAGCUCCGAUUAUCAAAGGACCUAUGGCAAUACUUCAGACAGUGGAUAAAAUGGCCUGUAAUUUUGCCCAACUUCUUUCGGAUGAGAAGAAAGAAGUUUUUAUACAUCACAAGAACAUUGAAAUUGCUGUGAGUCAGGUGGAUCUAAAUGCAGAUGGUCACAUUUACAAAGUACAUACCACUGAAAGAGUGGAUGAAAUAGAAAUUCUCGAGGAGGACCUUAAGAAACUUGUAGAAGAAGGUCAUACUGAGGUUACUGUUGUAAAUACAUGGUCUAGUUUAAACUCCUUUCAACAUUUAUUUGGAGACCAGAAUCACAAUUUCAUUCAUGUAGAUACGUCUAUUUCACAUGGAGGAUACAAGCAUGUGGGCACCUACCUUGGCUCCUCUGUAAUAUCGUUGACUGUUUUAUCCAGGGAAAAAGAAAUAAGCACAUCGGUGCAGUACUAUCUGUGGCACAAUGAGAUGCCUGAGGGAUCAGACAAGUUCAGAACUAACCCAGUCUGUGUUUUUUGGGAUUUCAACAUCAGGCCAGAAAAAGGAGGGGGCUGGUCCACCACUGGGUGUCAGAUCAAAAACACGUUCCCUGAGGCAACCAGUUGUUUUUGUAAUCACACCACCAACUUUGCUGUCUUGUUGCAAAUUUAUAAUGUCCAGAGAAGUGCAGAAGAAGAAUGGAUGUUAAGGACCUUGACGUUCAUUGGAUGUGGAGUAUCACUUUGUGCUCUUGUAGUAACUUUCGUUCUCUUUCUUGUUGUUGGAGUUCCUAAAUCAGAGAGAACCACUGUGCACAAGAAUCUGAUAUUUGCUCUGGCUGCUGCAGAAACAUUGCUCAUGUUUAGCGAGAUGGCAGAGAGUAAUAAGGUUGCAUGUGUAACAGUUACAGCGUGUCUCCAUCUUUUUUUUAUGGCGGCUUUUGCAUGGAUGUUGGUUGAAGGCUUACUAUUAUGGAGUAAAGUUGUUGCAGUUAACAUGAGCGAAGACAGAAGAAUGAAAUUUUACUACAUCACUGGAUGGGGCCUGCCAGUCAUUAUUGUAAGCGUGACCUUGGCUACCUCCUUUAAUAAGUAUCUGGCAGAUGCUCACUGCUGGCUGAACGUUCAUAGUGAUAUCAUCUGGGCCUUUGUUGGACCCGUUCUCUUCAUACUAACGGUCAAUACGUUUGUCCUGUUUCGAGUUGUGAUGGUUACAAUCUCGAGUGCUCGUAGACGUUCUAAGAUGCUUACCCCUAACUGCAGCUUAGAAAAGCAGAUUGGCAUCCAGGUCUGGGCCACUGCAAAACCAAUUAUUGUGCUUCUUCCUGUCCUGGGCCUGACUUGGCUGUGUGGUGUAUUGGUACACAUAAGUGUAAUCUGGGCGUACGCUUUUAUUUUCCUAAAUGCAUUCCAGGGGCUGUAUAUUUUCUUGAUUUAUGCUGUUUACAACAGUGAGGUGAGGAAUGCUAUUCAGAGAAUGAAGGAGAAGAAAAAGGCAUUGUCAUUCACGAACUGUUCACAACCAACAAACUAUUUAUCCAGCCCAAGAUAUACCACAUCAGACAUAGACAAACCAAAUAUCAGCCCUCCUAAGAGCAGUUUAUCUCAAGUACCUUCAAAAAACAGUGAUAAUAUGGGACAUGUGGUCUCCAAGAACCCUGUUAGCAUAUAUUCCAUCUUGUCAAGUGACAACGCAGAUGUAGAACUGACAUCUUUCAAAGCAUCAGGUUGCUGAUUUGAUGAUGAGAACAAAUGUUAAUACAAAUAACAACCAUGGAUAUGAUGAAAACCACAGUACAACAGAGUCUGAAAAUAAUAUUUGUUUCAUUCCCGAUGAGAAAGAGACGGCAUCAUAUAUCUAAUCCUUCAAUGGUAGACUGCCACAUAGAACCUGAUAUUCAUAAACCCCAAUGCUGGCAUUUUAUAAUUUAAAAGGGUGCAUUAAGAUCAUGAUUUAGCCAUAUUGUUUUUAAUUAGUUUUUGUAUUUGAAAACAGCAUACAACUGUAUUGCUUGCCUUACUGUAUUGACCACCCAUAUAAAAACACAAAAAGAUGGCUUCCAGCUGGUGAGACGCUUCCGGCCAGAGCAGAUCUCCCGGCGAUCGGCUCCCUGGUAUUGUACAUCACAUCGCUCAGCGGAGGAUUUCUAUUUGGAAGCUCCUCAAGUCACCCGGAAUGGACGUGAGAACCAAAAAGCAACAUACCUCAUAGCAGAGCCACGUGUAACAGCGACAGGAAAACAGUGAACACAGAAUUUUUUCCCCCAUCAAUAUCAUUAAGACCACAUGAUCCCUUCUGAUAUAAAGUAAGUGAAUUAUUAGCUACAUAGUUGUUAUAGCGCCGAUACACAUAUAUUUUUUGUAUGAUUAACCCUUGCUGAGUGGAAAUACAGGGAUCCACUUUUAUUGUAUCUUGGCAGCUUAAUCUAAAUAUCCUUUUGCGCCUGUACUAUAUCUAGAUAUAUAUAAAUUUACUAAUCUGUUUUACUUUCUGG